AUGACGGCUUCUCGAGCGCGACGGAUCGCAUGGCGCUGCUUUUCAGGCGGCACAGCCGUGCUGGGCGUAGGCCUGGCUGUCCGGGAGCUGCAAGACACCUUCUUCCAGGAGGUGCAGAUCGACGACAGAGCACAGCUGCUACUGGGACUUGACCAAGGCCUUUUGAGGGCCAGACGGGAACGUGAACAGAAGCUUCGCGACAUUAUGGCUUCGGCAGACAGGCGGGCACGCGCUGUCGCGGCGACAGCUGGCGACGGCGACUCCGCCCAAGCGCUGCUGAAGCUCCGUGCGCAGCUGGUAGAAGAGGCGCAUCGCGUGAUGUACCCUUCGCUCACUCGCGAGGAGGUCGAUCAGAGGCGCCGGACGUUCGGGAACGUGAAGUGGACGGAGGCGGCUCUGCAGCUGGUGGAGCGCUUCUCGCCUUUAGUGGAGGUUGGGGCUGGCGAAGGCCAGUGGCAGUCUGAACUCCGGCGGCGAGGAGCAGAUGUCACGGCCUUCGACGAUCAUUCGAGCCCGAGUCGCUUCGGAGAAGCGAAGAGCUCACGGCUCGUCGUGAGUGGCGCAGAUGUGCAGCAGGCAGAUGCGGAGGAGGCCCUGCGUCGGAGUCGUGGCCGGACACUGCUGCUGGUCUAUCCGCCACCCGGGCCCAUGGCAAUGAGGUGUCUCGCCAGCUACACCGGAGAUGUUCUUCUCUAUGUAGGGGAAGGACGUGGCGGAGUGAAUGCUGAUGGUCCUUUCUUCGACGCACUCAGCGUGGGCUGGACACUUGAGGAGACCAUCGGGCUGGACACUCUGCCUGGGAGCUACGAAAAGCUCUACCUCUUGCGGCGUUCGGCUGGCUGA